GUGUGGUGAUUUGCAUCCCCCUAUCUGUGUUGCUGUUUGCAGGGCAGGCAGCUGUCUCAGUCUAACUCUAGCUGGGAAAGAAUAAACAACUCUGGUCCCUCUCCUUUUGUGACAAGUCAUCUGGUAUUGCUACAAAGCAAGGCUGCGGAGAGUGUGCUGUGCUAGAGGAGAGAAGAGACCCCUAACCUGUCAUUUUAUUGACAGCCGAGCUGUUAGAGGCUCUUUCCCAGAAGUUGGACAAAGAGGCUCAAGCGUUGCUGUUUCUUCCCUUCCAAGUCAAGUUGUUUCUUUGGUAAUGGAUUGCCUCUCUCGGAGCUUUCACCCUGGUGAGACUGUCCAGAUAUAGUCUGUAAAUCCAGCUUAGAGGCACUGUUGUAAAAAUGACUGAAGAACCCAUGAAGGAGAUCCUGGGAGCCCCAAAGUCUCAAAUGGUGGCAACGAUGGAGAAGAGCCCCAAGAGUGAAGUCGUGGUCACCACAGUCCCCCUGGUCAGUGAGAUUCAGUUGAUGGCUGCUACAGGGGGCACCGAGCUCUCCUGCUACCGCUGCAUCAUCCCCUUCGCCCUGGUUGUCUUCAUCGCUGGCGUCGUGGUCACCGCGGUGGCUUACAGCUUUAAUUCCCACGGCUCCAUCAUCUCCAUCUUUGGCCUGGUUGUUCUGUCAUCUGGACUUUUUUUACUAGCCUCCAGUGCCUUGUGCUGGAAACUAAGACAAAGGAGCAAGAAAGCCAAGAGACGGGAGAGUCAGACAGCUCUUGUGGCAAAUCAAAGAAGCUUGUUUGCUUGAGACUGAAUAGGCUACUCAGCCUAGAAAACCUGCUCUGACUUUGUCAACCAAUUCACCCUGAACCACCGUGGGAGAGAACAGACUUGGUGUUAGAACAGACUGGAAGAAUGGGGAUGGGAGGGUGGAGGGGCUUCUCCUUUGUGAGGAAUGACUCAUGUCUGAUUAAUGACAACCUUAACCCUAAGGGCUAUUUCUGAGACUGAAAAAUCAACUUUCUAUUUACAUUGAACAUUCUGGGGGUCAUGGGACUGCAUGGCAUUAGAUAGCGUUUGGUUCACCCUGUAAAGUAGCCAAGAAAAGAUGGGUAAAUAACAAGAUAGGCCUGGCACACUAGACAUUUGCCUUUAAAAGAAAUAACUCACACUCUUAAGAUGUAUCAUAAAAUUGUUCUGCCAAGGAUCUAAAUUGCCUUGGACUUUGUAUAUGUCUAUGAAAUUCUGUGAUUUGUUUUCAAUACAUUGAUUCACUGGCAUCUGUUUUUGUUUUUCACUUUUAAUAACUCAUCACUGGUGGUACUUUAUCUUGAAGAGUAAACUAAUAUAUUGUAUAUUUUACCAUUGGAUAGUUUUAGCCAGUUGUAAUGAUGUGUCAGAAGUAAAGAAGAACACAUUAAAGGCAUAGCUAAUAGAUGCUGUUGGGGGUUAAAUUAAUAUUAAAAUAAUCCAGUAGAGCACUUUUGACAAUUUUAUAUAAAAGUCAAGUAUACAUUUCAUUUAGAAUAAUAAAUACUUACUGCUGCUAAAACUUCUUAAA